ACUGUGACCAGAGAGUGUGAUUAAAAAAAAGCAUUAGCUUCAGAUGAACGAUCUCGAAAACGAAGAGAAGAAGCCCACGAACGAUCAGUCAGGACACGUGGCGGAACCGGCUAUGUCAGCAGCGGCAGCAGCGAUGGAUGGUGUGGCGGCUUUACGAUCUGUGUUCCAGCGGGUGAACCAGGCGGCGGAGAAAGCGGGUCGCGCGUCGGAUCGGAUACGGGUCGUAGCGGUUAGCAAGACGAAACCGGUUUCUCUGAUCCGUCAAGUGUACGACGCUGGGCACAGGUCGUUCGGAGAGAACUAUGUGCAAGAGAUCAUCGAGAAGUCCCCUCAGCUUCCUGAAGAUAUAGAGUGGCAUUUCAUUGGGAACUUGCAGAGCAACAAAGUGAAGCCUUUGCUAACUGGAGUGCCUAAUCUUGUUAUGGUGGAAAGUGUGGACGAUGAGAAGAUUGCGAAUAUGCUUGAUCGUGUGGUUGGAAACAUGGGAAGAAAGCCUCUGAAGGUCUUGGUCCAAGUGAAUACCAGUGGCGAAGAGUCGAAAUUCGGCGUGGAACCCUCGGGAUGCGUAGGACUAGCAAAGCACGUUAAGGAAGCCUGCUCUAAUCUUGAGUUUUCUGGUUUGAUGACCAUAGGGAUGGCUGAUUACACUUCAACCCCAGAAAACUUCAAGAUGCUUGCGAAAUGCAGAAGUGAAGUGUGUGAGGAGCUUGGAAUACCGGAGGAGCAGUGCGAGCUAUCGAUGGGGAUGUCCGGCGACUUUGAGUUAGCCAUUGAACUGGGAAGCACAAACGUGAGAAUCGGAUCGACCAUCUUCGGGGCGAGAGAGUAUCCUAAGAAAAAGUGAACUUCUGCAAAAGUCUAAACUGUGAUUUAAACUGCAAAACCAGCUUCGAGGAAGAAUAAAUAAACUGUUGUUUUAUUGUUGGUUGAAUGAUGAUAUGUUGUAUAACACGAUAUUAAUCAAAGCCCGUUUCUUGAGGCAUAUUAAUAGAAAAUGUUACUGCUUGACCUCA